UUUAUAGUAAGUUGUUGGUCGAAUUAGUUUGUAUCCAUUUUGGAAACUAAAACAAAUGAUUUUGCUUCCUUACCAAAUUGCUUGUUUCUAUGCUUGUGUGCUAAUACUAACAUUAGCCACGGCCCAAAACACCACUAAUAGUACUACUAGUACCAAUGUCACAAAACCAGGAUGCCCUGAGACGUGCGGGAACGUUACGGUUCCAUACCCAUUUGGUAUUGGCUUAGGAUCAGGCUGCGCCAUUAAUUCGGGGUUUGAGAUCAUCUGCAACAUUUAUAGUGAUGGUUCUCAGAAACCUCUGAUAGGAAACAUUGACGUGUACAACAUCUCUGAUGCUGAAUUACGCAUCUCAAAUUCCAUCGCUUGGAGAUGUUACUACCCCAAUGGAUCUAUCAGCAGCGAAUUUCUAAAUUGGAUCCGUUUGGGGAACUCAACUUAUCCCUAUAGCUUCUCCACAAAGAACAGGUUUAUCGUGGUUGGCUGCGAUGACAAUGCUGUAAUCAUGGGGCGUAACUUUCAGUUUAACUGCUCAACCAGCUGUAACAGCUGGAGUGAUAUUACUGAUGGACAAUGUACAGGCAAAGGCUGCUACGAGGCGCAGAUACCCAAGGGAAUGAAAAGAUUUAACCCAACUAUUUCUAGCACACGAAACCACACGGGUGUUUGGUCUUUUAAUCGAUGUGGGUAUGCAUUUUUAGCCGAGGCAGAUCGAUUCCAGUUCAGGGGCCUAUCGGAUUUAAGUGAUUUUACUUUUUAUAGGAGGACUAUGGCUAGUGUUCACACUGUGCUGGACUGGGCCAUCGGGAAUCUUACUUGCAUGCAAGCGCAAGAUAAGAAGGAUUAUGCUUGCAGGGAAAAUAGCCACUGUGUUGAUUCAGACACUGGCCUUGGUGGUUAUCGCUGCAGCUGUAAUAAGGGUUAUGGAGGCAAUCCAUAUCUCACUCCAGGCUGCCAAGAUGUUAAUGAAUGUGCUGAUCCAAGCACCAAUUCGUGUGAAAAGAUCUGCACCAACACCCCAGGGAGUUUUUAUUGUUCCUGUCCCGAUGGAUAUACCGAUGAUGGCAAAAAGGAUGGUCUUAGUUGUAUUCCUCCAUACUCUGAUCAUGAGUUCCCAUGGAUCAAGUUCUCUCUAGGUACUGGAGUUGGGUUAAUCUCCCUAGUGGUUGUGAUAACUUUGCUCUAUUUUUGCAUCAAGAAAAGAAAGUUGAUUCAAGUCAGGGAGAAGUUUUUCCAACAAAACGGUGGUUUAUUAUUGAAGCAUAGAAUAUUCACUAAAGAGGGCGGUGUGGAAGCAACAAAAAUUUUUACCGCUGAGGAGCUCAAGAAAGCUACAAACAAUUAUGCAAAUGACAGAAUUCUUGGUCGUGGUGCCAAUGGAAUUGUAUAUAGAGGUGUGCUACGUGAUACUCGCAUAGUUGCCAUUAAGAAAUCUAGAAUUGUGGAUGAGAGUCAAAUUGAGCAGUUUAUCAAUGAGGUGCUUAUUCUCACUCAAAUCAACCAUCGAAACGUGGUGAAGCUCUUUGGGUGUUGUUUGGAAGAUGAAGUUCCUUUAUUGGUUUAUGAGUAUGUCUCUGAAGGAACUCUUUACGAGCACAUUCACAACCAACGUGGAGCAGGUUGGUUAACUUGGCAAAACCGUUUGAGAAUUGCAGCAGAGAUAGCCAAUACACUUGCUUAUCUUCAUUCAUUUGCGUCCAUGCCUAUAAUUCAUAGAGACAUUAAGUCUGCCAACAUAUUGUUGGAUAAUGUUUACACAGCUAAAGUGGCAGAUUUUGGAGCAUCAAGGUUAAUUCCUCUAAAUCAGACACAUGUGGCUACAUUGGUUUUAGGGACAUCAGGGUACUUGGAUCCAGAAUAUUUUCGCACAAGUCAAUUGACGGAGAAAAGUGAUGUUUACAGCUUCGGAGUAGUUCUGGCAGAACUUUUGACGGGGUUGAAACCUAUUAUUAGGGCUAGAAACGAAGACAACAAGAACUUGGCCGAUUUUUUUGUGUUAUCCAUGAAUAAGAAUAGCUUGUUUCGUAUUAUUGAACGUUGUGUUUUGCGGGAAGGGAGCCUUGAGCAACUCCAAAUGAUGGCUGAGCUGGUGAAGAACUGCCUUCAGCCGCAUGGUGAAGAUAGGCCUACAAUGAAGGAAGUGGCUAUUGAACUUGAAGGUCUGAGAAAGAUAACUGGAGUCUCUUGGUCUAAUCAGCAUGGAUACGAAGAGAAUGAUCAGGAUGAUUUAUCAGAUCUUUACAUAGUUCCAAAUUCAGAUAGUUCUCGUAUGAUUCAUCCUACAUACCGUCCAAGUUGAUCCACAAUCUGCUCCACUAAUAAUGGCAUAAGAUUGCCUAUAUAUUACUGUCUCAUACCUAUGUUUCUUCCAUGUUGAAUGUUCUAAUGUAAGUUUCUUUCCUUUUUCCUCUCAAUUUAGAUAUUUCUUUAAGAUACAGUGUUGGAGAUCCUCGCAUAUUAUAUAUAGAGGACCUUUUGAUGAUAA